GCCGGCCCCCUCCUCCCUAUAUAAGCGGCGGCGCAGCCACUGACGGCACUUCUGGACGCUCCGCACAGCACUCAGGACUCUCCGACAUGAUCAAGCUGGUGGUGCUGUCUGCCCUGGUGGCGCUCGCUUCCGCCAAGCCCGGCUUCCUGCACGGCGCCGUUGCCCCCGCGGCCAUCUCCUACGCCGCCCCCGCCGUAGCCGCCGCCCCCGCCAUCUCCUACGCCGCCCCCGCCGUGGCCGCCGCCCCUGCCAUCGCCUACGCCGCCCCCGCUGCCAUCGCUGCCCCCAUCAGCGCCACCGUCGUCUCCAAGCAGGUCCACUAUGCCUCCACACCCGUGGUGACUGGCUACAGCGCUCAGGUUCUCAAACCCAACCUGGGUGCUCUGGCCACACCUGCUGAGACCGUCUCCAAGGAGCAGGUGAUCGCCCCAGCCAGAUCCGUCGCCACCAUCACCCCUCAGAUCACGCAGGUGGAGCCCGAAGUCAGCGUGCAGAGCGUCCCAGUGGACGUCCCCGUGCCCAAGCCGGUGGUGAGUGAGGUGGAGGUCCGCACCCCCGCAGUCGCCGCCAUCGCCGCCCCCGUAGCCGCCGCACCCGUGGCCGUGGCCGCCCACGCCGCCCCCGCUAUCGCCGCGUACGCUGCCGCCCCCGCCGUCGUCGCUGGGCAUGCCGUCACCGCCUACGGCAUCGGCGGCGUCCACUACAAGACACUGGCCGCCCCCAUCGUCAAGAUCCAUUAGAAGACCUGAUGCUGCAUUCACUGCCGACGAACCACUUUUUCAUUACGCAUAAUGCUGUGAAGGAAGAAGUUGUUCGUAUCCUCGACUGAUCGAUAGCUGUGAAUAAAUAGUCUAUUUCCAACAAUAAAUCACACAUUCUUUAAUCA